AUGCAAAUUGAAUGGCAUGGCCACAUUCAGCCCCUUCAGCGCCGACGGGUCUUCCCCAAACCUCGUAACGUACUCCCUGACGGCGCCCGAAAACGCAGCCAACAUCAAGUCAUUGAUUGUUACAUUGAGCUGCAUGACAGCGAGCUUGAGCGUCGCCACAGUGACCUGCUCGGGGGCCGCAAGCGCGCAGAUAUUCUUUUCCGUCAUUGUGGCACGGGUGAGAACGCACACUGGGUCCUUGAAGAACGGCCUGAUGAAAAUGCGGGCAAUAUCAUGGAAGUAGUCUCGGAUCCAUGUGAAAUACCCGGAGCGGACCUCGGGAUUUCCAGUGGAUCUUCUGGUGGGAACAAGAAGGCGAGCCGGGUUGUCAUGAUCGUCCUUGUCGACAACGGUAGCCAGAAAAUACUUAACGAGGCCGACACCAUCGGCCAGGGAGUGGUGGACGCGGAGGACAAGGGUACAGGCGUUGCACUCACCGCGCGAGAUGGACCAGUUGGAAAACAAAUGGGUGCGCCAGAGGGGCUUAGUAAGGUCGAGCGGGGUGGAGAUGAGAUCGGCCAAGCGAGCGUUGAAGAGGUGGUGGUGGUCCUCGCUGGUUUGAUCGGAGAGGGACGGUUCGCAGAUGAGGUGGGAGGACCAGUCGGGAUGCGGGUCGGGCUCAAAGCGGAAGGUGCCGCCGGCGGCGCGGCGGGGACAACGCCCGAUGGGGCGAGUACCCCUCGCGGCGUCUGGAGCUCCGCAUGUGAUCUCUUGUGCUCAUUGCACCAGCGUCACCUUUAG